GGCACCGCUACCUGCUCGCUUCAUUGCAGCAGCAGUCUUCGCAUGGCCUCGUCCAUUGCGUCCGCGUCGUGGGCGCUGCCGCUGCAGACGGGCGGGGCGGCGGCGGGCCCGUCCUGCCGCGUGCUGCUCGCCGUGGCGGCGACCCGCUCGGCAGCGUCGCUGCGCCGGGCAAGGGUGCUCGUGGCACCCCGGUGCGCGGUGCCCGAGGGCCCCGGCGCCGGCGGCGAGGAGGAGGGGAACAAGAGCGGCGAGGAGAAGAAGCGGGCGCACGGCCGGCCGGUGUGGAGGCGGAUCCUGUUCGCCUCCAAGAAGAGCCGCAGCAUCAUCAUCCUUAACGCCCUCACCGUCAUCUAUGCAAGUGAUAUUCCAGUUCUGAAAGAGGUUGAGGCCCUGACAGAGCCCGCGGUCUUCAACAUGGUGCGGUUCGUUGUUGCGGCGAUCCCCUUCGUACCAUUCGCUGUCCGAGCCUUUGGGGACCGACGUGUACGGAAUGCGGGGCUGGAGCUGGGAGUCUGGGUCAGCUUAGCUUACCUUGCUCAGGCAAUUGGAUUGCUCUCAUCUGAUGCUGGCCGAGCAUCCUUCAUCACGGCCUUCACGGUCAUAGUUGUGCCUCUAAUUGAUGGCCUCCUUGGUGCCUCAAUCCCCAAGCUCACAUGGUUCGGAGCCAUCGUGUCACUAAUAGGAAUUGGCCUGCUGGAAUGCGGCGGCUCUCUUCCCUGUGAUAGAAGGAUUAUUUCCCCAGAGCUCACCAAGAAACAGCACACAUCGGUCACAUCUCAUCUAUGUCCCAGAAUCACCCAGACACAAAACCCCAGUUACCUAGAUACUGCUAGUCAGAUCUGCCAAGCAACGAUGGAGGAAAAAUCAGCACAUCUACGACCAACAAUGGAGGAAAAAUCACAGCCGCGAAGCCAAUCAAAUAUUCAAAGCACUGUUGGUGAUGUUUUGAACUUCUUGAGCGCUGUAUUUUUUGGGAUCCAUAUGCUAAGAACGGAGCAAAUAUCAAGGAGUAUAGACAAGAAGAAGUUUUUGGCUCUUCUUAGCUUCGAGGUCCUUGUGGUAGCUUUCUCCUCUGUACUCUGGUUUAUGUUCAAAGAUGGGUAUGUUGAUACUGGUGAGUCCAGCUUUGAAUCAUGGACUUUUGGCAUGCUUUGGGAUACAGCAGCUUCAUUUCCUUGGAUACCAGCAUUAUACACUGGAGUUCUUUCUACGGUUUUAUGCAUGUGGGCAGAGAUGGUUGCUAUGGGCGAUGUUUCAGCAACUGAAACAGCAAUUGUUUUCGGUUUGGAACCAGUUUGGGGAGCUGCUUUUGCUUGGUUCCUCCUCGGUGAAAGAUGGGACAACGCUGCAUGGAUUGGAGCUGCUCUUGUAUUAUGUGGUAGUUUAACUGUCCAGCUAUUUGGGGCAGCUCCCGAGAAGUCCAAGAAAGUUAAAAAGUUUAACAGAAAUGCUUUGGAAACCCCAGUGAAGCGACAAGACUACUUGUCCCUAUCACCAAUACCAGUUGAUUCCAGGAAGAUAAUAGGAAGACAAUUAGAAAAGAAUGACAAAACAUUGUAGCCCAACAUGAAGGCAAGGAAAUCCUGUGAUGACAGGCUCAGAUAUCAAAUUGUUGUCGUAAGGCAUCGUUUCUUGGCUCAUCAAUACGAGGAUGCUGUAGGAUCAAUGCUCUGCAUGAAAAAUGUUUCUCUGCUUGUGUUAUCUUGGAGGUCGUAUAUGGAUUUCUGUUCUCAUGUAACUGUGUCAGCCAGGUGCUAGAAUGCCUCAUGCAUAUUAGGAAAUGAGGCAUUGCUAGCUGGGAACUCGAGGUCCGUGGUCCACCCAGACACAGCUAUUGGCGUUAAGAGAGAUAGAUUAGUAAUUUUUGGGCGGUACUGAACAGAUUUCAUGUGCAGCUAGACGAUUGUACAGUACUGAACUAAGCAUGCGUUUGUAGUACUGAAAUGGCAAAUACCACAGAUGGUAUUAUUUUACUCCUUCGGGGUUGCAGUCAUAGAUUCA